AUGCCUCAUCUUUCAGUCAACGAUGUGGAGGGAAUGCUGGAACAGAAUGCGCAGAAGAAGAGUCGAUCACCUUCGUUGGCCUCAUUGCGAAAUGGUAGUGUAUCACCGAAUCGAACUGGUAAAUUUGUCCUGGCGCACGUUUUAGGUGACUGGCUGUGCGGUUGCAGGUCUGAUUCGGUCUGGAGCCAUCCGAACCGCUCCCUUAAGCCGCUUCCGUACAGAGCGCGACGUCACACAGCAACAGCUGAUGAGUUGCUCUACCCUGCGGAAAAUUCGGAGCCGAUAUCUCCUAAAGAACCAGAAGCGGCGAAGCCAGAAUUACCUCCAGAUGAGGAGAAGAAGGAGAAAAAGCCACGAGUUGAUGCUGCUUCGUUGCUUCUGCUACCGUCUUCGUCGAACAUGCCACCGCCGACGGCAGGAUCGACCACGGAUUCCGCAAGACAUUCAAGAAAGUUUCGCAACACGAUAGCAAAUUUACCGCCAAGACCGUUGCGAUGUGGUCAACUACCCGCGAGGCCAACGACAUUGAAUUGUCAAGGUAAUCUGGGUAGCCGAAUGCUUUCAUCGUCUCGCCUCCCGUCGUUGGCUGAAGUUCCUGUGGGUGGUGAAGAUGCGCCAACGUCGUCCGUUCGUGAACGGGCCGGCGCCGAUCAUUCAACUCGGACCACAAAGUCCGUAUUUGCGCGUCUGAUACCAUGGACAACAGAAGCGAGUCCAUCAACGCUUUUGAAUCGGUCUGACUUACUAUCACUGAUGAUUUGUGUGAUUUUACGUGGCUUUCAUUUUCUCAAGACUUCUUGCUUGUCUGUGCAAAGUUAG